ACUCGCAUCGCGCUUCGCAGUAAUCGCAGUGCGUGUUGGCGUUGGCGCGCGUCCGUAUGUAUGUUCGCGCUGUCGACAGCGCACCCGUUUGCACCCGCUCGUCCAGUCGUCUCCAUCGAGCGGCUUCGCCGCCUCGGGAAAAGGAGUACGCUCUUCGGAGCAACGCGCGGACGAUCUACCCCCGAGAGAAAGUGUCAACGAGACGGAAAGAGGAAGCAGCGCGGCGUAUCCCUCGCGAGAACGAGUUAACGGUAAGGUGGUGAUUCGUGAGAGAAAGAGACAAAAAGAGAAAGAGAGGAUCCGGGACGUGACGAGCAUCACGUCCGCUACGCUACGUCCGCGUGACAUGAGUAACGAUGUACUGCACGACGCUCGGGAGAUGCUUCUGCAGGAGGGACGCGGUGAGGGCCCUGAGCACCGGCGAGGUCUCCACCGCGCUGCGCCCGUUUUACUUCACCGUUCAUCCCGACCUGUUCGGCCAGUAUCCAACGCAAAGAACGGUGAAUGAGAACUCUUUGAAGCAAUUAAGUUCAAUCUUAGAAACUCUGCAACAGAAGCAACCUAUACGACCGACUACCUUGCCCUUUUACCUGCGAUCGAAAGACGAGAGAGAUGUGAAGGCCGGUAAAUUUACACUUGUAAAGAUACAACUGAAAGAAAAGGAUCUCAGACAAGCGAUACUUUCUAUUUUGAAAACAUGCGAUUUACCCACGACGUUUGUCGACAAAAUCGAGGAGCAGAAGUCACCCCCUGUCGCAAAGCACAAAUCCAGAUUUUGGCAACGCGCACAUUCUGGAGAGAGGAUGGACUUUUCGGGAUUGGAGGACGAUCCUAUUUAUGCGUCGAUUAUUAUGAAACGCAAGAUUAAUGCAGAGCCAGAUACAUUAAAGGCGUAUCUGGACAAACACAUCAAUGAAGUACACGUUAAACUGGAGGCAUGUAGACCAGUGAGAGACGAGGUGAAGAAAUUGGAAAAAGUGCUAUGCAGCGAGUUGGGUCUGAAGGACAUCAUAUGGGACUGUGGUUGGAAUAUCGCUCAUUAUCGCGGCUGUUUAUUAGCCUUCCAGGCGUUAGCCGAACAUCAUCCGGAAUCGAUGGAGGUGUUGAGAAAUCGCACUCUCGUGUUCGCAAACGACACUGGUAUCAGUUUAGAGGGCAAUGUUAUGCUAAAUUCUGGAGAAGUUAGGCACAAUUGGCUUGACCUAAUAAAGAAUGUAAGAAAGCACGAUGCUGUGUUGUUGAAAUUGCCGGCGUUUGAAAAAGCAGUGUCCCAAGUACUUCUCGACAUUAAAGUUGGUCGACGAGUGCUCUAUAUGUGCAGGAAAUUCAUGCCUAAGGUAAUGGUCGGCCAGUAUGAACAACAGCUGCGACAACUCACGACUACGCUCUCUGAUUAUCGUGGCAAAAGAAAGUAUCCGAGUUCUUGGCCGGCCAGUCUUUCAGCUUACGAAAUAGUCAUCGAAGCCGAGGCAGGCCCUCUGAUGUUAUCGCCGACCGGGCAGUUCAUCGUGCCGUCGUCAUGCCCAAGCUUUCUCUUGGUGAAUUUUAUUACGGAGAACUUAGAGGAGGCUAUGAAGAGACUGUAUCAUUAUAAUGACAUAAAGCACGUGGAACGGGAGCUUCACCGUAGGACCAUCACGGAAUUAGGUUUAGCUGCUCUUAACAAGGAUGACAGCAUUACGCCAGAUCUAAUGAUACAGUGCUGCGAGCGACUACUCCUGCACAAGACGGAUCUGGCACCAUCGCUCGAGGGCGUCAUGCUUUGGGUUACUCAUUAUUAUUCCGUUAUGAGCGACGGUGUUCUUUGUGUGCCAUGGGAUUGGAGGUUCUAACUUUCGACCGAAACGAAAUAUGUUGACGGUUAAUAUUGUUAAGUCAUUAGCGUAAGCGUAACGCCAAUAAUUACGCCGACAAUGCAAAUAAGUUUUACAAGUCUUGAUAGUAGCGGUUUAAAAUAACUUAUUAUCUGCGUAAGGUAAACUAUUAUAAUAGAACUGCAUUGUAACAGUCAUACUCUAUUAAAAUAGUUGCCAUGUGUCGCACAUAUUUAAGUUUUUAUUUGUUGGAAAUGUAUAUUGCGUUAACGCCAUCGGUAAAAGCGGCCAAAGACUUCCCUGGAAAAAUGGCUGUCCCUUGCGUAACUUGUUUUUGUUUCAAAGGGAUGCAAUGACAAAUAAGUGCGAACUGGGAAUAUUGUUUUUUAACAGCAAAAUGAUUGCUAGUCUUGCAUAAAUCUUAAUUUAGCUUAAGAGACUCGAUGCGCCGUAGACAAUUGUAUACAUACAUAUAUAUAUAUAUAUCUAUUUUUUUAAUUCGACCCUAUACCGACUCGAAUCUAAAUGUACAAUCUACAAUUGUGUCCGAUCGAGGACAAAAUUAAAUCGGAUUUUGCAAUAAUUGA